AGAAGGCGGAGCAGUGCUGAGCUCGUAGAAGGAAGUGAAAGCAACAGCAACAUAACAGCGUUAUAAAUAUUAACGUUACAUUUAUGAAAUGUAUUUAAUCUUCCCCGUGUUUAUCCCUUAAGUGCCUGAGCUCAAGAUUUUGCAUCUGAGUGGUACUUUACACUACUGAGCAAUACUAUGGAGGAAACAAGUCGGGAGGCGGUUGCCACGGCAGUGCAGCGUGUGGCAGGAAUGCUGCAGCGAUCGGACCAGCUGGACAAAGUGGAGCAGUACCGAAGAAGAGAGGCCCGCAAAAAGGCCUCUGUGGAAGCUAGGCUGAAGGCAGCCAUCCAGUCCCAGCUAGAUGGUGUUCGCACUGGACUGACUCAGCUGCAUAGUGCCCUGCUGGAUGUCAAAGAUAUCCAGAGCUCACUGGCUGAUGUGAGUAAAGACUGGAGACAAAGCAUCAACACCAUAGAGAACCUGAAAGACGUCAAGGAUGCUGUAGUUCAACACAGUCAGUUGGCCUCCGCUGUGGAAAACCUUAAAAACAUUUUCUCUGUACCAGAGAUUGUGGCAGAGACACAGCAGCUGAUAGAGCAGGCAGAGCUGCUUCAGGCCCACAGGAAACUGAUGGAGCUGGAGUGUUCACGGGAUGACCUCAUGUAUGAGCAGUACCGUAUGGACAGCAAGAACACAAGUGACAUGAACCUCAUCUCCAUCUACUUUGAAGAUGUUCAGGGGUUAUCAGAUGAGCUGGCCAAACAGUUGUGGAUGGUACUGCAGAGGUCCAUGGUAACGGUUCGUCGUGACCCUACCAUGCUGGUGUCAGUAGUUCGCAUCAUUGAGCGGGAGGAGAAGAUUGAUCGGCGUAUGGUUGACCGUAAGAAGCAGACUGGGUUCAUUCCACCUGGGCGACCCAAACGCUGGAAGGACAAGAUGUUUGAGGUGUUGGAGGCCACAGUCAGCACUCGCAUUGAGGGUACCCAGUCAGUGACAAGAGAGGCUGAUAAAAUGUGGCUUGUUCGCCUUCUCGAAAUAACCAGGAAAUAUGUUCUGGAUGAUCUCAUUGUUGUCAAGAACCUCAUGGUUCAGUGCUUCCCCCCACAUUACAAUACAUUCAACAGGUUUUUUAGCCUCUACCACAAUGCUGUGUCCACUCGUGUCAAGGAACUGGCAUCUGAGGACUUGGAGGCUAAUGAAAUUGUAUCCCUGCUGACUUGGGUCCUCAACACAUAUAAAAGUGUGGAGAUGAUGGGCCAUCCGGAGCUCUGUUCAGAGUGUGACAUCAACCAGCUGGAGCCUCUGCUGCCUCAGGAUGUGGUGGACGAUCUGCUCAGCAAAUAUGUCAAGACCUUUACAUCUAAUAUAACAGGCUGGCUGCGGAAGGCCCUGGAAACAGACAAGAAGGACUGGCAGAAAGAAACUGAGCCUGAGGCUGACCAAGACGGAUACUACCAGACCACACUGCCUGCCAUUGUCUUUCAGAUGUUUGAGCAGAAUCUGCAAGUAGCUGCACAGAUUGAUGGGGAUUUCAAAGAGCAAGUUCUGAAGCUCUGCCUGAAACAGAUGAACACUUUUCUCAUCAGGUACAGAGAGGAAGCAGUGGUCUACAAAGAGGAGCACCUGAGAGACAGACAGCUUCCUCAGUGUUACGUACAGUACAUGAUAGCCAUCAUUAACAACUGCCAGACAUUCAAAGAGUCCAUCAACAGUCUGAAGAGGAAGUACUCUCAGUCAUCAGAGCCCGCUGACAGUGAUGCUGCCAUAGAGCGGACACUCAAUGAUGUGGCCAAGGAGGGAUGUCAGUUCCUAUUGGAUGAAGUCUUCCUAGACCUUGAACAUCACCUGAAUGAGCUGCUGACCAGGAAGUGGCUGAUGGGCUCUCAUGCUGUAGACACCAUAUGUGUGACAGUGGAGGACUACUUCAAUGACUUCAACAAGAUCAAGAAACCCUUCAAUGAGGAGAUGACAAGCGAGGCCCUGCGCAGGGUGGUGGUGGAGUACAUUAAAGCAGUGAUGCAGAAGAGGAUCACCUUUAAAAACCCCGAUGAGAGGAGGGAGGGAGCAGAGAGGAUGAUCAAAGAAGCUGAUCAGUUCAAGUUCCUCUUCAGGAAGCUGGCUGCUGGUGAAGACACAGACCGGCUUUGUGGCGCCAUCACUGCAAUCGCUGAGGUGUUCAAGCUGACUGACCCCACACUUCUGUUCCUAGAAGUCACCACUCUUGUGUCCAAAUAUCCUGACAUCAGGGAGGAGCACAUCCAGGCGUUGCUGGCAGUACGUGGUGAUGCCAGCAGGGAAAUGCGCCAGAUGAUCAUUGGGACUCUCAGUGAGAACAAAGUAUCCUACUCUGGUGUGACAGAGCCUAUCUUUAAAGAUAUCACUGUGCCCACCAUCACCAUGACGACCAUGACUACCAUGACCUCCAUGGCAACUGCAAAGCUACUCAAAUAAAGCCAAUCACCAUGACACUAUUAACAUUUUCAUCGCCUUCAGACAUGAGACCAUAAGCAAACUUCUUUUUCCAAACUCUCGGUUAACUUUAAUUGUUUAAUGCACCUUGCUGUGUUUUACUGUCCCCACCUUUUACAUAUUUGCAGUUUUAAUUGUCAUCCGGAUCACAUGUCUGCUUCAACAAAACAAUAAAGUUAUAAUUGUAAAACA